AUGAAGUCUAGUUUUCUUUUGUUGCUCGCUUUAUGCGCCACUUACGGCAACAAUCUAGCGAUAUGUACAACUGAGGGAACGGCGCAAUCUGGAGUAUCCAGUGAUUCGCAACAUAGUCUCAGUAGCUCUGAGACGGAAACAGGAAGUCACGGAGCGCCCGGGGCGGAGGCGCAAUCUGUAUCACCUGAAGGUGGACAAGAUGCUGUACAUUCCACGAAUGAAUCGGCUGAAUCCGAUGCAGAAAGUCCUACGGAGCCAAAUCCUCCACAGGAGGAUGGGACAUCGAAUGAAGAUGGAAAUGGAGGUCAUAGCGAGAGCUCCGCCCCAUCGGUCCCCGGGGGAAGCGCUUCGCCUAGUUCUGUAGAAAAUUCCAAUGAACAGGCUGCAGGAACGCAGCUUCAAGUCGCCCCCCAGAAAGCUCAGGUGAAGUCUGCCCUGUUGAAGAACUUCACGGGGGUGAAGGUCACGGGUCCGUGUGACACAGAGGUAGGGCUGUUCCUCAUUCCUUACAUAUACAUUUCCGUGAAGGUCGCAGAAGACAACAUAGAAUUGUCAACCAAUUUUCCCAACUCGGAAAAUAUUAUAGUUAAAUUUAGUAAUGAAGGACAGGAAAUGAAUAACAAGUGUAGAGGUGACCCUAAAAAGACGUAUAAAUUUAUAGCGUAUCUGGAUGAUAACAUAUUAACCCUCAAGUGGGUUGUCUAUCCUCCGAAUGGCGAUGGGGAAAAAAAGGUACCCGACGUGAAGAAGUACAAAUUGCCCAACCUGGAAAGACCUAUAACCUCAAUUCAAGUUCAUUCGCUGAUGCUCCAAGGGGAAAACAUUAUAUAUACAAGCAAGGAUUAUUCAAUAAAGAAUGACAUUCCGGAAACCUGCGAACAAGUUCUCAGUGCCUGUUUCUUAAGUGGAAACACAGACAUAGAAAAUUGCUACACCUGCAAUUUACUGUUGCAUAAAGAAAACACAGACGACAAAUGUUUCGAUUACGUGUCGGCAGAUUUUAAGAAAGAGUUUGAAGAUAUUAAAUUGAAGGGCCAGGACGAUGAGGACUCUGGCGAAUACAAACUUGCGCAGGCCAUCAAUGCGAUAUUGAAUGGAGUUUACAAAACAGGUGCAAAUGGAAAGAAAGAACUAAUUACAUCAGAAGAAUUAGAUGCAAAUUUCAUGGAGCAGAUAGGUAACUACUGCCAAAUAAUGAAAAAGGUUGAUAAAAGUGGUACUCUGGAAGAACAUCAAAUGGGUACCGAAGUAGAUGUCUUCAACAACCUAGUAAAAUUUCUACAAAAACACCAGGAGGAGGAAUACUCAACCCUGGAAUGGAAAUUACAGAACCCUGUCCUCUGCCUCAAAAAUGUAAAUGACUGGGUGAUGAAUAAGAAGGGAUUGCUGUUGCCUCUUUUGCAAAAUGAUGAUAGCCAUAUCCAUUUGGGCGAAUACGACAAAGAGGGAGAUGAGCAAAAAUGCUGUUCCUCAACCUACCAGGAAGGGGAUGACGGAAUUAUAGAUUUAUCCGUCGUACAUAAGAACGCACAUGCUUCAUCCACUCCUUUCACCAAUCAUAUGUUCUGUAAUUAUGAUUACUGUGAUAGAACCAAGGAUACUAGUAGUUGCUUAUCUAAAAUAGAGGUGCAAGAUCAAGGAAAUUGUGCUACUUCAUGGCUAUUCGCUUCAAAAUUACAUUUAGAAACUAUAAAAUGUAUGAAGGGAUACAAACACAUUCCAAGUUCUGCGUUGUAUGUAGCUAAUUGUUCCAAUAAAGAAACACUCAACAAGGACAAAUGCCAUACACCAUCCAACCCACUAGAAUUUUUGCACACCUUAGAAGAGACUAAAUUUUUACCAUCCGAGUCAGAUCUUCCAUAUUGUUAUAAGAAAGUGGGAAAUGAUAUCUGUCCAGAGCCAAAGAGUCACUGGAAAAACUUAUGGACAAAUAUUAAACUUGUAGACGCGCAAUAUCAACCUAAUUCGAUCAGCACGAAAGGGUACACCGAAUACCAGAGUAAGUAUUUCAAGGGCAAUAUGGAUGCAUUUAUCAAGUUAGUAAAAUCAGAAAUAAUAAAUAAAGGAUCUGUUAUUGCUUAUGUAAAAGCGGCGGGAGCACUAAGUUUUGAUCUUAACGGAAAGAAGGUGCAGAAUUUGUGUGGAGAGGAAGGAACACCAGAUCUUGCAGUCAAUAUAAUUGGUUAUGGAAAUUACAUAAAUGAAGAAGGAAUAAAGAAAUCUUAUUGGUUAUUGCAGAACAGUUGGGGAUACUACUGGGGUAAUGAAGGAACAUUCAAGGUAGAUAUGCAUGGACCGGAUGAUUGCGAGCACAACUUUAUUCACACCGCGGCUGUGUUCAACUUAGAUAUGCCCGAAUUCCAAUCGCCCAUCAAGGACACAGAAUUGCACAGCUACUACUUGAAGAACUCUCCUGAUUUUUACAAGAAUUUGUAUUAUAAUGCAUUGGAUGGGGAAUGUGGUAACGCGCCUUGUAACACUGUUGAGGGUCAAGACGCACCUGGCGAGAAAGCUACUGACCAGGUAGGAGCGUCAGGAGCAGGAGUAGCAACAGUAACAACAACGGGAACGGGAGCAGCACCAGGAACAGGAGCAGAAGCAAAAGCAGGAGCAGAGGCAGGAGCAGGAGCAGAAACAGAAGCAACAAAGGCAACAGAAGUACUAGAACCAAAAGAGCAGCAAGCUCAGUCACAAGUGACGGUCGUAGAAAAUUCAGUUUCAAAGGACCAACCGCAACCACAACCGCAACCACAACCACAACCACAACCACAACUCCAACAAGAGCAGCAACAAGAGCAGCAACAAGAGCAGCAACAGGAGCAACAACAAGAACAGCAGCAACAACAGGAACAGCAGCAACAACAACCACAACCACCACAACCUGCACUGCAAGAUUUAACAAAUGAACAUUCGCCACAUAUAGGAGAAACUGAAGUGAAGGUUGAACCAGAGGGGGAGAACUCCAAUGCAGAAUUGCAAAAGGCAAAAAUGGUCCAAAUUAUUCACGUUUUGAAACACAUUAAGCAGACGAAAAUGGUGACGAGAGUAGUCACGUACCAAGGGAAUUACGAAUUGGGAGAACACUCCUGUUCACGAACCGAAGCAUCAUCUGUGGAGAAGCUGGACGAGUGCAUAAAGUUCUGUGAUGAGCAUUAUUCCGAGUGCAAAUUGUCGAUUUCACCAGGGUACUGUUUAACGAAGAAGCGAAAUGCGAAUGACUGUAAUUUCUGUUUCGUGUGA